GCAUGCGCACUCAGCUCACGGGAAGCCAUGUUAAAGUUAGUCAACUACUGAGACUGAGAUUCCCUUCUGACGCCGUAUGUUUCUUUUUUUUUCGGGUCUUCUCCUUUCGUCCGUGUCAGGGCCCCAGCAAAUCUAUCACUGAUAGGCAGAGGCCGGAGUCCCCACGAUGAACUCUAGUUUCGAUCUAUCCAGGCGAAAUCCACAAGAGGAUUUCGAGCUUAUCCAGAGAAUAGGCAGCGGGACCUACGGGGAUGUUUACAAGGCCCGUAAUGUCACUACAGGUGAGCUGGCUGCUAUCAAGGUCAUUAAACUGGAGCCAGGCGAGGACUUCGCAGUGGUUCAGCAGGAAAUAAUCAUGAUGAAAGACUGCAAGCACUCUAACAUUGUGGCCUAUUUCGGUAGUUACUUAAGGAGGGAUAAAUUAUGGAUAUGUAUGGAAUACUGCGGGGGAGGUUCAUUGCAAGACAUAUAUCACGUUACUGGGCCACUAACAGAAUCACAGAUAGCAUAUGUAACUAGAGAAACCCUUCAGGGUUUAUUUUACCUACACAACAAAGGAAAGAUGCACCGAGACAUAAAGGGUGCCAAUAUUUUAUUGACGGACAAUGGUUACAUCAAGCUAGCUGAUUUUGGUGUAUCUGCACAGAUCACAGCAACACUAGCUAAAAGAAAAUCCUUCAUCGGGACUCCUUAUUGGAUGGCCCCAGAGGUGGCUGCCGUGGAGAGGAAAGGAGGAUACAAUCAUCUGUGUGACAUCUGGGCUGUGGGCAUCACCGCCAUUGAACUAGCUGAACUGCAGCCUCCAAUGUUUGACCUUCAUCCAAUGAGGGCUCUGUUUUUGAUGACGAAAAGCAACUUUCAACCCCCCAAAUUAAAAGACAAAGUUAAAUGGACCAACAAUUUCCACAUUUUUGUGAAGUUGGCCUUGACGAAAAAUCCAAAGAAACGGCCACCAGCUGACAAGUUAUUGCAGCAUCCCUUUGUAUCCCAACCGUUAAGUCGUAUUUUGGCGAUUGAGCUGCUGGAUAAAGCGAACAACCCUGACAACUCGUCCUACACAGACUUGGAUGAUGACGACCCAGAGCCGGAGCCUCCAGUGUCUGUUCCACAUCGGAUUCGCUCAACAAGCCGUACCAGUCGGGAAGGAAAGACUCUGUCAGAGAUUAACUUCGGUCAGGUGAAGUUUGACCCUCCUUUAACAACAGAGACAAAACCACAUCAUGAACCGCCCGACACUGACGAUUUUUUGGACUGUGCCGAAGAAAUAUACUACACUGCAAGAUCUAAUCUGGAUUUACAGAUGGAUUAUGAGGAGGAAUCCCCUAAAGGCUCCAUCCUGGGAGGAAAUAAGAGCCUCUUGAAAUCUGUUGAAGAGGAGCUGCACCAAAGGGGGCAUGAUGCUCAUUUGGAGGAUGAUGAUGAGGGUGACGAUGAAGGUGAUGAUCAUGAUGAUGAAUUGCAACACACUAAAAGCUCCACUAUGAGGCCUAAGUUCCCCCCACCACUUCCUCCCAAGCCGAAGCCCAGUCCCGGACCACAUCAAAGCCUCUCUGGCGAUCAUGACGGUAACCAGGGCACUAUAAAGCGCUGUCCGGGUCCUGAAAGCCCGACUCGCUCAUCCACCAAUGUACCCCCUCGACCUCCACCUCCUCGACUGUCUGCAAACAAGCUCAGCAGUUUAGGUAACGAGACCAGUCGGGAAGAACAUGGCGCUUGGGAAGCACAGGGGGAUGCUGGGAUAUGUAGUCAGUUCGACGAGAGGCUGGAGGUCUCAUUUGAUGAAGAGGAAGAUCGUGAUGAGGAAGGAGACAAUAAUGGGACUAGCCCAUCUGAACACUCACCCUCAACAGAGAGACAGUCCACAAUGCCCCCUGCUGUUCCUACACCAAAGGACAAGAAAGACUUUCCGAAACCCAUCAGCAAUGGUCUCCCUCCAACUCCGGAGGUUCAUAUGGGAGCAUGUUUCUCUAAAGUCUUCAACGGCUGCCCGUUAAAGAUACACUGCGCUACCUCAUGGAUCAACCCAGACACACGAGACCAGUAUCUGAUAUUUGGAGCAGAGGAAGGUAUUUACACGUUAAACCUUAAUGAGCUGCACGAGACGUCCAUGGAACAGCUUUUCCCCAGGAGAUGUACUUGGCUGUAUGUCAUGAGCAACAGCCUGCUAUCAAUAUCCGGAAAAGCAUGUCAUCUGUACUCUCACAGUCUGGUGGGCCUAUUUGAACAUGCUCGACAAAUGCAGAAACUCCCUGUUGCCAUACCAACACAUAAAUUGCCUGACAAAAUGAUCCCCAGGAAAUUCACAGUGUCCACUAAGAUCCCUGAAACAAAAGGGUGUCAAAAGUGCUGUGUAGUGAGGAAUCCGUAUACAGGUCACAAGUACCUGUGUGGUGCCUUUCAGUCCAGCAUUGUCCUUUUUGAAUGGGUGGAGUCCAUGCAGAGGUUCAUGUUGGUCAAGAGCAUAGACUUCCCCCUGCCGUGUCCGCUGGAGGUGUUUGAGAUGCUGGUGGUUCCAGAGCAUCUGUAUCCUCUCAUCUGCAUAGCUGUGAGCAAAGGGACAGAGCUCAACCAAGUGGUGCGGUUCGAGACCCUCAACCCCAGCUCUACCUCCAAUUGGUUUGAUUCUGAUACCCCACAGAGCUGUGUGAUCCAUGUGACCCAGCUGGAGAGAGAUACAAUUUUAGUCUGCUUAGAUCGGUGCAUUAAGAUUGUAAAUUUGCAAGGUCGGUUGAAGUCCAGUCGAAAACUCUCAGCUGAACUGACUUUUAACUUCCAGAUUGAAUCAAUAGUUUGCCUUCAAGACAGUGUGUUGGCCUUCUGGAGGCAUGGCAUGCAAGGACGCAGCUUCAAGUCCAAUGAGAUUACACAGGAGAUUUCUGACAACUCAAGGAUAUUUAGGCUGCUGGGUUCAGACAGAGUGGUGGUUUUGGAGAGCCGACCAACAGACAAUCCCACAGCACACAGCAAUCUCUACAUCCUCGCUGGCCACGAAAACAGCUACUGACUGCAAUGAAUUAUGGGAUAAAAACACUACACGCCAGUGUGCAAUGUUACAAAAGCCUUUGGUUUCAUGUGGCCCGAUGACAACUGGCCACAUCUCAGAAGAACCACAGAUAUACUGUUGUUGAACCACCGAAAGCACAGCGGAAGACUUGAAUGGACGAAGAUAUUUAGAUCUCAGAGAAAUACUACAGUAUGCACUUUCACACUAACCUGUUUUAGAGGCCUCGCUUCGGUUUGACUUGUAGCAGUUUUAAUUUAUUUACAUGAAACACACACACACAAACAGGUUUUUUUUUGGCCACUACUCACACUUGACCCUAACCACACAAGUGCUUGAAGACAGGUAUUUAAUACAUGUAAAUACAGACGUAGUAAUUUUAAGUACUCUUUGUAUUGGUUGUGUAGAUAUCAGCACAUUUAUGUUGUACAGGUUUUUGGCAGCGUUGGCUAUCAUAAAGGACUGUGAGAUGCUGGGUACUACUUAAAAUUACAUCUAGGACAGAUAAUUUUGUGUUAAAUUCAAUAGUUUAGGAAUCACAAUGCUGAAGUGCCCAUCUUUCCAAGACUUGCCUUCUGAACUGUUGUUUUUAUUAGUUUGUUUUUAUUCUACUUUAUUAUAUAAAGCCAAAUGGUGUUUUUAUUGAACAACUUUUAAUUCAAUGGCCCUUGUAAUUGUUUUUAACUAAUUGUGGUAUGCACUCACUUCAAAUUUGCACAGUUAUAAAAUGUUGAUGUGUAUGUAAGUGUAUGUUUAAAACCAUGCAGAUAAUAACAUAUAUAGAUAUAUAGACACAUAUUUUUUUGUAAAUGUGUAUACAUGUAUAAUCUUAGUAAGCAAUAAAUAAUUUUACAUCAUUUUAAAUAAAUCAGACUGCAAGACUGAGUUGACAAACUUGUGUGGAUGACAUCACUGUCUGCAUCCAGCUGUUUGUGUGUAAUUUGAGGGCUGUACACACUAUUUGGAAGAUUACGAUGGAAUUUGUGAAUUGAUUUAAGCAACAUGGACUUGCAUUAAAUCUCUCUAAGAACUCUUGUUGAAAGAAAAGCAAAUUCCACCAUAAGAAAAGAAGAACAUAUUCCAAGUUAAUACGAUUAUAGAAUUUAUUCAGUGUCAGUGUACAUACUGUAAAAUAAAAUCACAUGGUUUUACAUACU